CAUCCGAGUGAGGCCAUUUCCCGUUUCAACUACCCAUUGCUCCUUAGAGAUCUCUUCGUUUUCACGUUUAUGUUUGAUGGAAACAUUCAGUUAACAUGUAAUUUGAGCUACAAACUGUUGUAUAGUGAAAGAAAGUGGCACGAUCAACUCGAUUGCAACGAUAGAGCUUGUAAAGAUGACAGAGUACAAGCUAGUGGUCGUUGGCGCUGGAGGUGUCGGCAAGAGCGCUCUGACGAUACAGCUGAUUCAGAACCAUUUCGUGGACGGAAUACGUCGACAAUAGAGGACUCGUAUCGAAAGCAGGUCGUCAUCGACGGAGAAACAUGUCUGCUCGACAUUCUUGACACCGCAGGACAAGAAGAGUACAGCGCCAUGAGGGAUCAGUACAUGAGAACGGGAGAGGGCUUUCUACUAGUCUUCGCCGUCAACAACGCGAAAUCCUUCGAAGACAUUAGCCUAUAUAGAGAACAGAUAAAACGAGUCAAGGAUGCUGACGAGGUACCGAUGGUCUUGGUAGGCAACAAGUGUGAUUUGCCGACUCGAGCAAUAGACAUGAACCAGGCGCGCGAGGUCGCGAAGAGCUACGGAAUUCCGUUCGUAGAAACCUCGGCGAAGACGAGGAUGGGAGUCGACGAUGCCUUUUACACGUUAGUCAGAGAAAUCAGGGCGGACAAAGAGAGACGAGGAAAGGGAAAGAACAAGAAGAAGAACAAGAACAAGCGAAAGUGCGAAGUGUUGUGAGCAGUUGUUAGCAAGUGCCGGAUAACAGCAGACGCAGCGGUGUUACACGGACUUGCCGCCGGGGGGCGCCACCGGCCGAUUCUCGGCUCGCUCGGCGGCGGUGGCGGCGGAGGAACGAAAACCACGGACUUCUCCCCCUUCUCCUCUUUCCUCUUCGUCGUCGGGGGAGGCGUGCCGGUUCGAGGAGGCGCCGAUGAAGGUCAGGCGGAGCUUGCUACGUUCCUCUUCUGCCGAGAAAAGGAGGGGUAGAUGCUCGCUCGCCAUGUUGCUGCUCUUUUGUCUUCUCGACGACGGCGCGCGAGACAGAUUUUUUUGUAAUUUACUCGAUUUGCGCGUAGUUCUUCGUCGGUUUUUUCCGUGUUUACGUUUGUAAUCGUGUUUUUUAUUCCUUGACUCGGAGACCUUCCUCGCUCUCACACCGCCGCCUCUCUCUCUCCUCCCCCUUCUAGCUCGUCCUCU